CAAAAAGAUCAAGGCACAGAUUAAUUUUCCUUCGACGGAAACCGACAUACAGGAACAGAUGGCACAGUUUUUGCAGAUAGCGGAACGAGAAAUGAGUCAAUUGAAACGAGACAUGGAAGAACUCGAAACGUUAAGACGAUCGCUCGCCGAAUUUUUCUGCGAAGACAGCAACGCUUUCAAGAUCGAGGAAUGCCUCAAGAUAUUCCAUCAAUUUUGCCAAAAGUUUAAUCAGGCUGUCGCAGAAAACGAGAGACGUAGAAUUCAAGAGGAACAGAUAUUGGCAAGGCGCAAACAACGAGAAGAACAACUUUUGGCUAAAAAACGACUACUGACCAAUAACCAACAACAAAUCGAGGCGCCGACCUCUGAAUCUGAAUGCAAUUUAAUCGGUUACGAUCCUUUCGAUCUUGCUAGCGGUUUACCUCAAAGAAAUUACGGUCGUCCCGACGUUAAGAUCAAAAGACUGCAAAACGGGGCUGUCACUUCCGACGAAGAUGUCUCGAUAACCGGAUCGCCUAAUAUUCGACGACGUUUAGGUUCUUGUUCCGGCGGAAUCGUCGACCAGCAAUCUACCAAAGAAGAAACUUACUCGCCAGAUGUUACUCCGAACGGUACCCUUCGUCGUCGAAGAAGUCGAAUACCCUGCGAGGAUGACGACGGUAAUUUAAUGGACUUUUUAAGGACGUCGGGUCAAGACGGCACUCGUGAAAGAAAAUCGUGGGGUAGCUUAGAUCGGUCGUGGGCAAGAAGAGCACGCGGCCAGUCUCGCAGAAGCGAUCUAUUAAACGCAGAUUUCUCGAUCGAUCGCGAAAGGCCGAGUUCUCCGUCACCUUUGCUCGAGAGCAAACCUUUCUUGCAAGAGGAAGAAACGAAACCUGCAGGGAAAGCAUGGCGGCAGAAGAUCGAGGCAUGGUUAUCGGAGAACGAGAAGGAAGACCGUGCAGGCGAAGAGCUGCAGAAAAAAGCAAGACAGUUGCACCAUGCGAAUCGACGCUCCUACGAGGACUCAGAGAGCGAAGGCAAGACGAAUAUUCAAAUCGAAGCUGGUUCCACCCACGAUACGUACUCGGAAGUUUACGAUUGGCGGCCGUCCGUUGAGAAGACAGAUGUGAUGCGCACGAUGGAAGCUAUCGAAGAAGCCGAGACGCAUCCGUCGCAAAAGGAUAAAUCUCCUUGGCGAAAGUCGAGCCUGAACGUACCAAAUAGUAUGGAAGAGACUGACCCGCGUUAUUCCCGCAGGCUAAGAUCACGACUGAGCGCAGAAAACGUAUUAACAUCCAGCACUUUGCAGUCGAUCAAAGAGGAAGAGAGAAAGAAGAAUAAGACUACCGACGUCGUGAAUUCAAACCCUCAAGAUGAGUUAACGAUUUAUCUAAGGCAACCUUACGGCGAUUCUCAAACCGCUGGAUCGCGGAGAUUUUCGAAACUGAAGAAAGGCGCUGACGAAGAGAAGAUCACCGACAAGAUCGAGAUCGAUUCUGAUAAUAUAGAAACACCUCCAGCAACUAGAAAGUUAUUCAGCCCGCCUAAAGAAGUGAAGCCGGUUGAGAAAGAACCGUGUAAAAGAGAACGUUGCAGCAGCUCUUUUCAAAGCAGAGACUUUAAGAAUCCAAUGUCGAAAAAUGUAAAUAACACAGACUUCGGAAUAGGCAAUUUUGAUCGUUACUCGGCGGCAAGGAGAACACGAAGAUACAAAAAAAAUCAAGACUCGGCAGAGAAAGACUCGAAACAAGAGUCGAUGGUCGAUGUCGAGUCGUUGGAAGCGAAACCAGCUGACCGUCCGCACUCUUUGCCACUGUCGGAGGAAGAAGGACACGGCGAAGAUUCCGUGCCAUCCGUUUGGCAAGAGAAAUCGAAACGGCAGGCGGAAUCCUCGAGUUUGUUCGAUAUCGACACCGCAUUGGCAGAGAUCGCUCGUUCCGGCGAAGAUCUUCAACGAUUGUCGCGACCAUUGGUGCACCGAACCUCGAGGCUACCGGUCAGUCAACCGUCAGCCGUCGUCGCCGUAACCAACACCGUUCUAAGUCCCGUGAUGCAAGAGUCUCGACCUCGAGAAUCCUCGUUGACCGUUCUCGCGGAAAGAGCUGUAACUAGCCGCGAACGACAGAGGACCAUGAUCGAUCCUAGUCAGGUAAAAGAGGCGAUCAGACUGACCAACAAUCCGCCGAGUCAGGUGAACGAAUGUCAGAACGUCUCAACGUGCCGAUCUCGAAAGCAAUCUCGAUCUUUUGGGAAAAACGAAUCCACGAACGAUGAAACAGAUCUAGCCAUCGCCGAUUCGAAUCGUUGCCAAGAAAACGCAGAUCCUGACGUCGAGAUUUACCACGACAAACGAGCCGAAUCGACGCUGCGAAACCAAAGCAAGAUACAAUCCGUACGAUCCAACACGGACGGUUCGGUCUUUCAUCCUAGAUUCGUGCCGCCUGAUAUAAAUGUCACCACCUCUACCUCCUCCUCUUUUUCUUUGUUGCCUGCUUCCGGAAAAGCUCGAGAUCAAGAGAUGAACGACGAAGGUUUCGAGGAAACGCAGAGUUUAGUUUCCGAAACCCUCAGUCAAGAAACGUCGUCCGGAAAUUACGAGACGGAUACCCACGAUUCCACGCGAUGCUCUCCAGCCGAAUUACGCUAUUCUGGAACCGAUAAUCAUCCCCCUGUUCACACCACCAUCGACCACAUCCAGGUAACCGAACACGAUCCGAGCAAAUCGAUCGGAGAUGCGACGUUGAAAACAAUGUCGUCGCCGUCACCACCGAUCUCGAAAGGGUUCGAGAAACGAACGGGCUCGAUGAAACACAGCAGCGAGAAGUCUAGCUUCCUUCCGAAACGGACAAACGCCUUAAAGCGGGACGUUUCAGUGAGAAAAGCGGCGGAAUCGAUGCAACGAAAUUCAAAUCUGACGUUCCAAUCGAACAACAGUCAGACGAGGAACGAGGUAGAACGUUCGGGAUCGAGAAGCAGUCUUCGUAGUUCGCGAAGUUCCUUGAAUAGCGCCACGUCGGUAAACACCGUACGAAAUUUAGUUCCGAAUCACGCACCUCUUCGUACUUACACGUCAGCGAUUUGCGCGUUAACCAACGAUUUGCGAAAAAGUCCGUCACAUAGUCCGUUACCGCCGAAAAGCAACGAAAAACGUCGAACGAAUCCACGCGCGACAGUCACUAGAAUACCAGCUAGCAGAAGCAGUAGCAGCGGAAGCAGCGUGGGUCCAACUGCGAGAACCGCUCGCAAGUCUCUCGGGUCGACCACCGAUGUGCAAAAAGCAAACAAAGGACGAGCGCUCUUCUCGCGUAGUAGCAGCAGCGGAAGCGGCAGUAGCAUGCGUCCACAGUCUUUGCCAUUAAAUCGUGUAAACGUCGAAAAGGUGCCAUCGUCCGUCGCUAAAAGUAAGUUGAUUCACCCAAGAAGCGGAACCAGAAAUCACAGUUUCAUGAGACCGACAGCCGCAAGUGUGAACAAAGGUUCCAUUCCGAAUCUACCCAGGAGCAUCAAAGGUUUGGUCAAGUAAUAAUUCUGUAGAAAAGAAAAAAGA